AGCGUCACAGCACCGCAGGUAUUCUUGGCGCGGAGCCUCCACACAGCACAGAGAAGCGCGAGGUCGGGGGACGCACUCGGAGCACGAUGGGCGACUGGAAGGGUUACAUCAGCGCAGUGCUGCGGGACCAACGCAUCGACGACGUGGCCAUCGUGGGCCAUGCGGACAACCGCUGCGUGUGGGCUUCGCGGCCCGGGGGCCUGCUGGCUGCCAUCUCGCCGCAGGAGGUGGGCGUGCUCACCGGGCCCGACCGGCGCACCUUCCUGCAGGCGGGCCUGAGCGUGGGGGGCCGCCGCUGCUGCGUCAUCCGCGACCACCUGCUAGCUGAGGGCGACGGCGUGCUGGACGCGCGCACCAAUGGGCUGGACGCGCGCGCCGUGUGCGUAGGCCACGCGCCGCGCGCGCUCCUGGUGCUCAUGGGUCGACGCGGCGUCCACGGGGGCAUCCUCAACAAGACGGCGCACGAGCUCAUCCGCGGGCUGCGCAUGCAGGGCGCCUAGCCUGGCAGUCCAGGCCGCCCAUGGGUAGCCCGGUAGCGCGGGCCAAAUAAACUGUGACCUG